AGCCCAGCUAACACUGUGGAUGAUCACACUUCCCAAUACCAUGGAGAGAAGGGAAAAGAGCGGGAUUCAAAAAAGUAAAUAAUCAGAUUCCGUACGACUUCGAAUGAACCUUGCUCUCUUGUCUCUUACAAUCACCAUAUCUUUUGACUUGGCUUGAUGACUUUGCACGAAAACGAUUGCAGCCUCUCCUCUCUCAUCUCUACUCGCUACAUCCCUUUUCAUUUGAGUUUUUUGCUUCUCAUCAUUCAUCUGGUCCCCGCAAUGCGACUCGUCGAGCACUUUUCGACAGAUCGCGACCACGAGUGGACCGAUGUCGAUGACGAUACCAAUGUUGACCAAUAUUCGCAAAUACCGUCUGCUUUCGAUUGCUUGUCGAUAUACGAGAGGAUUGCGGUGCUUGACUGUCGGGUGGCAGGGAGUCCGGGGACGGAGGAAAAAAUCGUAUAAAAAGACGAUGAAGGAUGAAUAUUUCAGACAAUUGAAUGAGAUGUUGUUUGUUCUUUUAGCUUUUAGAUACCUUUUAUUUUAUUUCAUGUAUCUCCCUC